GGAGCAAACAUGCUGUAUUUGGAAGUGCCCUCGCUAACUCAGCCCUUUCACCAUUCUUUCAACUGAACUAGAUAAACCAUUGACAUAUAACUACAGUACCUCCAGGGACGGCUUCUGGGAACCUAUGCUGUAUUUCUAUUAGAAUUACAAAGCGCCGGUAACAGCAGUGGAGUUUGUGGGGGUACCAGGAUACGAAGUUUGCUGCUUUGGGAUUUUUGUUGUUUUGUGCUCUGGAAUAAGACUUGGUUGUUCUGCAGUCACACCAGGGAGGUGUGUUUUUUUUUUUUUUUUUUAGAUUUUUUAAUCGAAAUGGAUUCGGGACAGUUGUUAAGUGUAGUUGUUGUUGCUGUUAUCAUUGGUUUCAGUUUGGAAAGCGCACCGAACUGUGAUGAAGUUCGAAAAGUUUUCCAGCUCAGGCAGAUAGGACCUGUAAAGUCGUUGCCAGAAAUCCCCAGAGCAGGUUCUGAUCUUCAGGUCUGCAGUUCUAAAAGCCUGACGUGCUGUACCAAGAAGAUGGAGGAGAGAUACCAAGUAGCUGCACGAAACGACAUUCAACAUUUACUCCAAACAUCAAGCUCAAGUUUAAAGUUUUUAAUUUCACGAAAUGUAGCUGCAUUUCAAGAAACAUUUGAAACCCUCAUCCGGCAAGCUGAGAACUACACAAAUACGUUAUUUCACACCACUUACAGAAACAUGGCUGCAGACACGGCUGCAUCAGUGAGAGAGCUCUUCACUGACAUUGGACUUUUUGUGCUGGGCUCUGAGGUCAGCAUUGAGGAGUUUAUGAACAGGUUUUUUGACAGCCUGUUCCCUUUGGUUUACAAUCACCUCAUAAACCCUGGCUUGACAGAUAUAGCACUUGACUAUGCUGAGUGCACACGGAUGGCAAGAAGGGACCUGAAUCCAUUUGGAAACAUUCCCAAAUUAGCAGUUGGACAAAUAGGAAGAUCUCUGCUGCCCAGCCGUGUUUUUUUGCAGGCUUUGAACUUGGGGAUCGAAGUCAUUAACACAACAGACCAUUUGCAGUACACAAAAGAAUGCAACAGAGCCUUACUCAAGAUGCAGUACUGUCCUCAUUGCCAAAGCCUGACUCAGAGUAAACCGUGUAUGGGGUAUUGUCUCAAUGUGGUAAGAGGCUGCUUGGCCAGCAUGGCAGAAAUUGAUGCUCACUGGAGGGAGUAUGUCAAGUCUUUGGAAGAGCUGUCAAACGGGAUGCAUGGAACCCAUGACAUUGAGCAAGUGCUGCUCAACCUUCAUUCGCUUGUAAAUGAUGCAGUUAUGUAUGCUCAAAUAAAUGGGCCAAAGCUUUCAGUACAGGUGAAUAAAGCAUGUGGACAUCCAAGUAGAAAACCAGGACACUCUUCAGGUGAUCAGCUGGAGAACAACAAACAUUAUCUAACCCUUAAGGCACCACAGCGAGAGAGUGAAGACACGCUAGCCAGCAGAAGAAAAGAGUUCGUCAACAGUCUGCGGCUCUACAGGACAUUUUAUGGUGGGCUGGCUGAUCAACUGUGUGUCAGUGAAUUGACUGCUGCUGAUGGCUUAUCAUGUUGGAAUGGAACAGAUGUAGUUAAAAGUUAUACUCUUCAAGUGGUUGGAAAUGGAAUUAAAGCUCAAUCUGGAAACCCAGAGGUAAAAGUGAAAGGAACAGACCCAAUGAUAAAUCAGAUCAUUGAUAAAUUGAAGCACGUCAAUCAGUUGUUACAGGGCAAAUCGAUUCCAAAGUAUGGCAGUUUGGACAUGAUAGAGACUGGCAGUGGGGAUCUGCUGGACCAGGUCAGUGGAGACUGCGAUGAUGAAGAUGGCUGUGCUGGAUCAGGAAGUGGAGAAGCAAAGAAAGUGACCAAGAUCUCCAAGUGUGAGUCUGAAUAUUCCAUAUUUAAUAUUGUGCCUGAGAAACAAGGCACUAAACUAGUUAACAGCAGGGUUUAA